GAAUUUGAAAUGUUAGGUUGGCGACAGCAUGACAUGUAUCAACUGUGCUUUUUAAAACACGUGUUGUAGAGAAAUACGAAAAUGGGGGUUGAUAAGGCGCAGUCCCACCGUCCUGGGUUAUUCAAACAGUCCAACAAGGCCCACAAGCAUGGGCGGCACCGCUCCAAAGGCUCAAUCAGCAGUGACGCCAAAGGCAAGAUUUCGGUAAAAACGCUCUCGAAAAAGAUUAAGCGGGGCUUAAAUCGCGACGAGCGGCGACACCAAGCUUUGCAGAUCCGCCAAAAUAAGCGAAACGAUGUGUUGAAUAAAAAAAGGUCGUUAGGGGGGCUUGACUUUGCCCCGUUUUUGGUCGCUGUGGUGCCCCUAAAUAAACUAGGGGAUUGCAAGGGGGUGGUCGAAUGUUUGGCCAAAUGCGACUCUGAGGCAAUAAUUAAUAAAAGUCCAACUGGAGUGACACACAUUUAUGCCCCCAGAUUUAAGCAAAAAUUCUCGUUUAUCGUCCCAUCAACUGAAAAUGAAUUGGCGAUUUUGGACGCUCUUAAAAUUUGUGAUACAGUUGUGUUUUUAAUGUCUGUCACAGGAGGGGUUGAAGAAGAGAAUUUAAUUGAUAAGUCGGGACAAAAUAUUUUAAUGUCAUCGUUUGCACAGGGUUUACCAACUCCUGUUAUUGUGUUAAGUGACUUAAAUACUCUUGCACAAAAAAAGCGACACGACUAUAAACAACAAGCCCAAAAAUUAAUUACAAAGUGGUUUCCAGACGAAAAACUUGUCACACUGGAGAAUGAAUCAGACGGAAUUAAUUUAUUGAGAAAAAUUGGUAAUCAAAAAAGGAGAAGUGUUUUGUACAGGGAUAGGAGGCCUCACAUUUAUGCAGAGGAUUAUGCGUUUAUUCCUGAUGAAACAGGGCCUUACGGUACUUUGAAAAUAACCGGUUAUUUACGAGGGGCUGCUUUAUCGGUAAAUGGUUUAGUACAUUUGCCUGGAAUUGGUGAUUUUCAAAUGGCUCAAAUAGAUGCACCUUUUCACCCAUUCGCGGUUGAUAAAAUCAAGAAUAAAAAUGUAACAGGGAUGGAUUCAAAUGAAAAGAGUGAUACUAGAGUUUUGGAUAAAGCUGAUCCAGCUAAACAAGAGUCAUUGGAUGCCGAAAAUGUGCCAGACCCAAUGGAUGCGGAGCAAACUUGGCCUACGAAUGAAGAAAUUGAAAUGGCAGAACAAGAAAAUAAGGUUAAGAAAGUGAAGAAAGUCCCUAAAGGAUGGUCUGACUACCAAGCAGCUUGGAUACCAGACGAUGAUACUGAAUUUCUUGAAGAUAAUGGCUCUUCAGAUGAAGAAUCGGAUCAAUACAUGGACGCGAUGUCGGAAGAAAAAUCUGAUAAUUCUGACCAAGAAGAUCAAGAUUUUGACACAGUGACUGAAUCAGAAGUGGCCCCAAAUGAUGAAAAAUACGAUCAAGAAAUGGAUUUUCUCGCAGAAAGACAGGAAUUGGAAAAGUUGAAAGCUGCACGAAGUGAUAAGAUGUUCCCUGAUGAAGUAGAUACACCUCUUGAUCAGCCUGCAAGAGUCAGAUUUCAGAAAUAUAGGGGACUGGAAAGUUUCAGAACAUCACCUUGGGACCCUAAGGAGAAUUUACCAAGUGAUUAUGCAAGAAUAUUCCAAUUUGAGAAUUUUGAUAGAACGAAAAAGCGAAUUUUGAAGGAACUGGAAGACGUAGAUGGCGCUAAACCUGGAUGGUACAUAACUGUUCAUAUAAAGAACGUUUCACAACUUUCCUGGUCCAACUUCGGGAAAGUUGGCGCCCCCUUGGUGCUCUUUGGGUUACUACCCCACGAAUACAAAAUGUCAGUCAUUAACGUCGUCUUGAAACGAACCCCAAACUACUCUCUCCCAAUCAAAUCAAAAGAGCGCUUAAUUUUCCAAUGUGGCUACAGAAAAUUUGUCACAAAUCCCAUAUUCAGCCAACAUACAAACGGCCAGAAACACAAGUUUGAGAGAUAUUUUCAACCGGAAUCAACAGUUGUUGCCACUUUUUACGGCCGAAUACAAUUCCCCCCUGCGCCCGUUCUGUGCUAUAAGGAGGAAAAUGGGAAGUUGGUUCUAGUUGCGACAGGAAGUUUGCUUUCUUGUAAUCCCGACAGGAUUAUCUUGAAGAGAAUUGUUUUGUCAGGACACCCGUUUAAAAUUUAUAAAAGAUCAGCGGUUAUAAGGUUUUUGUUCUUCAAUCGUGAAGAUAUUAUCUACUUUAAGCCUUGUAAAUUGAGGACGAAAAUGGGACGUGUAGGGCAUAUUAAAGAACCUUUGGGUACACAUGGACACAUCAAGUGUAUUUUUGAUGGACAGUUAAAAUCGCAAGACACCGUUCUUCUGAAUUUGUACAAAAGAGUGUUUCCUAAAUGGAUCUACGAAGAUUUGGUGGUCAGUGUUGCCAGUAACGAAGAGAUGGAAACGUGAUUAUUUUGAUGCAAAUAACUUUCAUUUGCUGUAUAUUUAUAAUAAAUAAAAGUGCUGAAUGGAA